CCUCCGGCCGCGCCGCCCGCCCGCCGCCGCCGCCGCAGCCAUGUCCGGCGGGGACUCCACGGCGGCCGCCGCCGCCGCGUCCCCGCAGGCGCUGCCGUUCUCGCUGCCCAAGCCGCCGCCCCUCAUGCAGCUGACGCCGGGCGACGCCGUGCGGCCCGUGGGCUCGGGCGCCGACCAAUCGCCGAAGAGCGCGCGGCUGGGCGCGCGGCCCGAUUGGCCGGCGGGCAAGCCCGUCAGCCUCCUGGCGCCCCUGCUGCCCCCCCGCGGAGACCCCGAGCCGCUGCUGCCCUUCGGGGCCGCCGCCCGCGCCCCGCUCCGCGGCAGGAUCCUCGGCCGCUGCGGGGGAUCCCUGCUCAGCCCCGCCAUGCGGCCCGCCGCCGUCGACAGGGGCUCGCUCAUGAUGGGACACCCGGGGAUGCCCCACUACCCCCCCAUGGGGAUGCACCCCAUGGGGCAGAGACCCCCCAACAUGCCUCCUGUUCCCCACGGGAUGAUGCCCCAGAUGAUGCCCCCCAUGGGGGGACCCCCAAUGGGGCAGAUGCCUGGGAUGAUGCAGUCGGUGAUGCCUGGAAUGAUGAUGUCCCACAUGUCCCAGGCUGCCAUGCAGCCCACGGUUCCUCCAGGGGUGAACAGUAUGGAUGCACAAGUAGGUGUAACCCCUCCUGGAACUCAGACAACCCAUCCCGUGGUGUCCACGGUCCAGCAAACAGCCACCACCACCAGCUCUGCCAGCGAGGAUCACUCCAAGCAGAAAUCCACGUGGACAGAGCACAAAUCUCCCGAUGGAAGAACUUAUUACUACAACACCGAGACGAAGCAGUCGACGUGGGAGAAGCCAGAUGAUCUCAAAACACCUGCUGAGGUGACUUCAGAUCAGAUUAUGGGAUUACAAUGACUGUCCUGGGUGGUGGGGUGG